GGAUGGAUGCCGGGGAGGAGUGGGCUGCCUUCGGGGAGCCUCCGGUGGAUGACCAGGCAGGUGCAGCUGGAGAUGGGGAUGGCUGGGCGGCGCCGGGGAGGCCCAGACCGAGACCACCGACCUGUCUGAGAUGGAGGAACCCCAGUGGCAGGACGGGGCAGCAGUCACAGUCCCCACCUUUGGCAGUCCACACACCAGCAGGAGGGAGAGUCUGACGGCAUCUCUGAGCUCCAGAGUCCAGAGGCUGUUCCAGGCCAGUUUCCCCCACGUGGAGGCUCCUCAGGUCGGGGAGGAGAUCCCAUCACUCAAGGUCUUGCUGGUACCCCAGGAGCCUGAGCCCAGGCAGGAGCAGAAAAACCAGACCCCUUCCUUUUCUCAUCGGGAACCACAGGACAUGUGGUGGCACCUGCAGGAGAUCCACAGCGCCUUCAGCCUCAAGUUCUUAUGGGGAGGUUCCCAUAGCAACAAGCAGCUGCUCCGCUCCCUGGCCAUGGACACCAGAAACAUUGUGUUUGCUGGCCAGAAGAAACAGCCAGUACUAGUGCCCACAUAUGCUGCCAGCUUGGGAAUGCUAGAGCCCACCAAAGAUCCAGUGAACACCUCCUCAGCUGCUGGGCCAGUGGCUGCCUCAGCACAAGCACCUUCUGGAGCUCCAGACAGAGACGCCCCGUCCAAACCCACGCAGGAGGUGCUGGCGAGCGUGCAGCCUGACUGGAGCAGCAGUGGCCUUAAACCCCCUGUGGAUGGUGUGGAUCCAGAGUUGUAUGAACUGACCACAGCCACACUGGAGUCCAGCAACACUGGAAAAAAUGUUGCUGACGCCUUCACACGCCUGAUGUCAACUAUAGAUCAAAACAGCACAUCCACCAGGAGGCCCGUGAGGGAUGAGAACCUGAGCGAGGAGGCGGCGCGUGUUCUCAGCGGCCUCCCCAACCUGUCCUUCAUGCGGGCCAAAGUGCUCAUGUUCCCCAGCAUCCUGGCUCCACAGCCUCCGGACUCGCCCUCAUGACCGCCCAGUCUGCCUCACACACAGUGACCUUUUUAGGUCACAUGCUGGUUAUGUCACUCUGUCUAUGUCUGUCUUCUUCUUCUUCUUCUUCUUCUUCUUGUUUGUCUCCUUUCUCCUCUCUUUGUUUUGAUUUUAGUAUUGUAUAAUUGUUUCUCUUCUGUUCUUUUGACUUUGUCAUUAUAAAAGGUGUAUUUAUUAUUAAUAUGUGCAUUGGUUUCUCAACAGACAUUAAUGUAACAGAUAUCUAGUAUAAAGCAAUAUCAUAGCCAGUUUAGAAGGCCUUUUAAGCUGUCAUUUAUGUAACAUGCACAAACAUUCAUUUACAUAACUGACUGUACACAAUGAAUCCAUAACUUUGUGUAAUAAGGUUCACAUGCUCCAGAGAGGUAUCGGAUAUAAUAUAAGUAUUCCAGGCAAUGUUGUUGUUUUCAUCCUCUCAGAGUUUCUAUUUGUAGAAAGGCCAUCAUCUUUCCAAAUCUGUUGCUUGGGGGAAAACAUCAGAACUUAAUCCAAAGCUUUUAUUCAUGUCAUCAAAACAAUUAAAUAUCAGCACGGAACAUUUCCCAUUAUUUUUCACUGUUUUUCCUGUUGCAUUCUCAUUGAUCUUUAUUUUGGCAUGCCUCUGGUUCUUCCUUUCGAUAGAGCUACAUGAAUCCAUCCAUAUAUGUAACAAAAGGGAAAACAGACCAAUAUUCUCCUCUGGAUUCUUUUUUGUACUUGUUUGUGAAUUAUUUUUUUUAUUUUUAUUUUUUCCAUCUUUGUUUCCGAUAUUCUGUACGUUUGUUUCUCCCUAGUCGUAUCACUGGAUGUUUUAAGAGGGACUUAUUGCACAAUAAUAUAAUGGAUAAAAUGGAUGUAAUCAGAGUUCAUUGGUGCUUUAGAACCAUGUGUUGUGAAUUCAACUCCUUAGAAAAAAAAAACAUAAGAAAGAAAGGAGAGAGAGAAAAUCUUGCUUCGAGGGUCCAUUGGAAAAUGGUCCUAUACUUGAAGAACCUAUGAGAGGGUUUCACAACCUGUCUGUGAUCUUUUUCCAGACCCAGUGUGUGAGAUUUUAUUUUUAGUAUUUAACACAUUAAACAGAAGCCUUAAAUGA